CGACACUGCAGUCCCAUCUCGGGAGAUACACUCGCCAGCCGAUCGAAACAGGAUCCUCCGUAGCACACCCUCGUUCUCUCCUUCUGGCAAGCAAACUCGUCACGUCCCUAUUGUGCGAUGUCGUCGUCAGCCACAAACUGUUUCGGUCGGACCCCGGCAGGAUCUUUGACCGCUUAUGCAACACAAGAUCUAGCGGGGGGUCAGAGCCGAUCAACUGGGCUAUGCUUACCAUGGCACUGGUAUCGAGGAGACCGGCGAACCGAGAGGAAUUCCGUAAUUAAGAUCGACGGCAUCACCUCCCGGUCUCCCGGGAAUCUGGUUCUGCCGCUUCGUUUCCUCCCCUUGUCUGUCGUUCACUUCCCGCACCGCUGGCAAACCAGUUUGUUGGCUCCGCGGUCUCUAGUGCAGGUACUUGUACAUACACUGUGGAAUGCAUGUCGGAGACGUUGGAACUUGGAACAUCCUCGAUCGCCAGCCCUCAGUGAGUCCUGGGACAGCCCCGGCGUAACGGCGUCUCACCGUUUCUGGUUGACACGGGGGCGUUUAUCGGGCCGGAUCUUCUCCACAUGUCUUUGCAGCCAGUGGUACCCGUGUUUCGUGCGCUCCACACCGCUCAUCAGUUUCGCGAAACACUCUGGUGGGCGGUGGUACGAGUACUUCGGGUUGCUAGCCUCCCUUGUAUUAUCAACAAGGACAGAAGUCGCCGGAAUGGUGCUUCAAGACCGGAGGCGAACCAGAGGCACAUUCCCUACCUCACGCCACAGCCCUCCUCCACCGUCACCGGCGCCCAAAUCCUGCCGGCUACAACCUCCCACCCCAACCACACCGCAACUUCCGCAUCAGCAACCUCUAACUAGUAUUCCCCGUCCGCAAGCCGCCUCGCCAAACCAUGUCUUUCAUCCACAGUCCACCGCCCCAAACCCAACAACAUCUGCAGUCGACCAUGCCAUUGACACAGGGUUCCGUGAAACCGACCGCCUCAUAGCGCAGUUCCACGAAGAAAUCCGCCUCUCCCGGCCCGCGACACCAUCGUCAUCAUCAUCACAGACGCAGCCGCAGCCGCAGCAGCGUCUCUUGAGCAGCUGCUCUUGAGUCAACUGGAACCUCCUUCGCCGACAUGUUUUGAGUGACGCAGAUGUGUCCUUGUACCUCUCAUGUCAAGCUAUUCCUGCACUUGUUAGC